GUAGGUGGGCUUUCUGCGUGUGCAAGGGGUGGGGCAGUGAACACCGCCCAUCAGGUGUACUGUGCACGCAGUGUGACUCACAUUUUCACCACCGAAGAAAAGAUUCACAAAAAAAGGCUUCUUUUUUUACUCCGACAGUCUGCGGGGACAUUUGCGUUCAUGAACCCUUUAAAUAAAUGUACAUGAAGGGACUUUUACAGAGGAACUAACCGGCUGGCGUUAACGCAGUAUACAUGUUUUAUCCCAUGUAUCGGAUAUGGCUUCUGCUUCUCCUGGGAGGAUUCGUGGUGCCAGGGGUGCGACACGUCAGUGGAAUAGAUAUUUACACUCCGAAAGAAGUGGAAGCGGUCAAUGGGACAGAUGUGAAACUGAAGUGUACUUUCACUUCCACUCACCCAGUGUCGAUUCAGUCCGUCACAGUGUCCUGGAACUUCCGAGCCAUAAAUUCAGGAUUGGAUGAGUCGGUGUUUUACUACCAGGACGUAGCAUACCCUCCCACGCAAGGGCGUUUUAAAGAUCAGGCGGUGUGGUCGGGAGAUAUUUUGAGACGGGAUGUUUCCAUCACCCUGCUCAAUGUGCCUUCGACCUUUAAUGGCACCUACAUCUGCCAGGUGCGCAACCGUCCAGAUGUGCACGGCAGCAAUGGAGAGAUCUUCCUCAGAGUUGUCAACAAAGUUUCCUUGUCUGAGAUCAGCAUCCUGGCAGCGGCAGUUGGAGGCGCCUGUGCUGUAAUUCUGAUCCUCCUCUGUAUCUUUGUGGCGGUGAAGUUCUACAGGAGAAAGCACAUGGAACUCGACACUGACAUGCAACCGCGGGAAUAUGUGCAGAAGGACCCGACUGUGUUGUGAGGGCCAGAGAGCCGAAGCUCCUCUUCUUCUCAUGUGGAGUCUGAUUAACAGUUUUUGUCCACUCUGCUGAAAAAGACAAAUGAAAUUUUCAGGGUACUCUUUAUACCCUUUUUAUGUGUUUUUUUUACCAAAAGUUGCCAGUGAUUGUAAUUGCUAAGCUAAUUUUAUUGAGAGAUUUUAAACUGUAGAGUAAGAGAUAGUAGAAGACCUUCCGAUAGUACUAUAGAGGGCAUUUUCUAGAGCCCGACCAAUUUUUAAGGUCGAUACCGCUACAAAUAUUUGAUUAUUUAAAAAUCCGAUGUUCCGAUAUAUUGGCUGAUUUAUAUGUAUAUUUUUAAAAAAUCUAGACACGCGUAACAAAACCGAUUUCCCUAACAUUAGUUAUUUGUAGUUAUUGAUGAGUUCUCA